AUGCCAUUAAGAUUGAUUGAUAAGUUUUAUUCCUCCAUUGUUGAUGACGAAUUGAUCUUCAUUCUUCUCUUACUUCAGAUACUCAUACAAACCCUUAAUGCAUUCAGACAUUGUUUAUGGGUUGUAUGUACUAUUCGCAUAUUCAUUAGAUAAUUCAUGAAAGUACUUUAACAUGA